AUGUAUAUAUAAAGAUAUGAAGAUAUAGCAUAAAAUAUAGGCUUUAAUACUACUAUAAGUGCCCCUCAUAUGCAUGCUUUUACUUUAGAAUUAAUAAAAGGAUAUACCAAAACAGCUGUAAAAGCACUCGAUAUAGGAGUAGGUAGUGGUUGGAUUACUGUUGCUUUAUCAGAAUUAAUGGAAAACAAAGAUUCUAUAGUAUACGGAAUUGAUCAUUUAUAAGGAGUUUUGAAUAUAGCUAAGAAGAAUAUUAUUAAAAGCCAUAAAGAUAAACUUGAGAAAGGAAAAAUAGUACUCUGUUUAGGAGAUGGAAGACAUGGAUUGGAGGAUUUUGCACCUUUUGAUAUUAUUCAUUUAGGUGCAGCUGCUACUAUGAAAGCUGUAAAUAGGUUUAUUCAUUAAUUAGCACACGGAGGAGUAUUAGUUGGUCCUAUUAUUGUAGGAAGAGAAAGCUUUAAUUAAGAAUUCAUAUAAUUCAGAGAAGAAGAUGAAUAAGAAUAUUUCGAAAAUGAAAAUGACCAUAUUACAGUAGAACAAUAAAAUAUUAAUUUAGGAGAAAGUGAAGAAUAAAGUGAUGAAGAAUAUGAAGAAAGUGAAGAUAAUUUAUAUGAUUUAUUAGAUGGAAAUUCAGUUCAAAUAUCAUUAUUAUAAAGACAUAAUUAUAAUAAUAGAAAUAAUAAUAAUAAUGGUAAUGUUAAUAGUAAUAUUGAUAAUAAUAAUAAUAAUGGUGAAUAAUAAUAAUAGAGAGAAUAAUUAUAAAACGAUUUAAAUAAUAAUGAUGUUUAAGAUUAAUCUAAUGGAAGUAUAAGAGAAGAAGAAAUUCAAUAAUAAUGA